CCCGCGGCCGGCGCGCGCUUCAGUGACUGUUCGCCACUCCGUGCGCUCGCGGCGAAAGUGAUGAUAGGCGUUAUUGCCAACGGCACGGCGGCCAAGUUCUCCAAAAUUGCGGAAAGGAUCUGGCGAGACUAUGGGGGUCCAGCUGUGAUGGCCAGCAGCACCACCGACUCAGAGGCUGACGGCACCAGUGACCGAGCGGCCAAGAGCACCAUCCACCCGACGGUCCAGGGCACCACCGGCCCAGAGGCUGAGGGUACCAGCGACCGAGCGACUGAAGACACCGGUGGCCGAACGGCCAAGGGCACCACCAACCCGGCGGUCGAGGGCACCGCCAACCCAGAGGCUGAAGGCACCAGUGACCGAGCAUCCGAAGACACCACCAUCUCGGAGACCGAGACUACCAGUGACCUAGCGGCCAAGGGCACCACCGGCCCGGAGGCCGAGAGCACCAGUGACCUAACAGCCGAAGGCACUAGUGACCGAGUGACCGAGAACACCACCGAUCCGACGGUUGAGAGCACCACCGACCCAGAGGCUGAGGGCACCAUCGAGCCGACGGCCAAGGACACCGGUGACCGGCUGACCGACGGCGCCCCGGAUCCAGAGACUAAAGACGUCACUGGUCGGACGAGCGCGCCCCCUGCGGGAAGCUUGGUCGGCGCCGGACGCCCCGGCGACCGGCCGCCGCCAGAUAAGGCCUCCGAGAGCGGCAGCGAGGCGGAGUCGCUGACAGGCCGGCCGCUGGCCUGCGACGAAUGCAACUUCCGCACCUCUGAUGCUGACGAGCUGUGCGAGCACGAGUCGCAACACCGCUGCACCAGCUGGGUCGGCCGCGUGCGCUACCCGGGGCCCAACGGGCUGCUGGUGCCACAGCCGCCGGAGCCGCGGCGCGCCGACCGAGCCUCCACCAGCCCGCCGCCCGAAUUCCCGCGCAAACAAGCGACGGCUGCGCGCGCCGGCGAGGAGCCGGCCGAAGACGCGCAGGACCCGUGGGCCGGUCACAUUCGGCGCAUGAAGGCCAACGGCGAGUUUCCGUGCAGGCUGUGUGACCAGGUGUUCCCCAACCUGCGCGCCAUGAAGGGCCACAAUCGCGUACACAUGAGCGCCGCGCCCUACGCCUGCAACGUGUGCCCGUUCUCCAGCGGCGACAAGACGACACUGACGCGCCACAUGAAGGACCACAACGGCGAGCGGCCCUAUGAGUGUCGCAUCUGCAAGUACGCCUUCACCACCAAGGCCAACUGCGAGCGCCACCUCAAGAACCGACACCAGCUGAAGCUGCGCGAAGAGCUGGCGGACAACAUGGCGAUCACGUCGACGGACGGCACCCUGCCGCCAAAGCUGCUGGCGACGCCACUGCUGCACGCGCUGCCGCCGCCCUCCGCACCCUCCAGCAGCGCCUCCGGCGACCCGACGCCGACGCCCGCCGACGAGCCGCUGCCACUCGACCUCAGCAAGCGACCCCCGGAGCAGGCGCCAGCCGCGAAGGCGCCCCGGAUGGCUUCGCCGCAGCAGCGGGAGGACGAGCAGCUGAAGCAGCUGGCCUUGACGGCGUCCCAGUUCGGCCUGUACAUGCCGUACGCCGCCGCCAUGCCGCUGCUGGUCAUGCCCAGCAUGCUCAACUACGGCAUGGACGAGAGCUGGCGCAGCAGCGUCGGUCGCGAGAUGGGGCGCGGCCUUCACCUGCACUCCGGCGGUGGCAUCCUGGACCCGCACGCUCACAUGCAGGCGCUGUCUUCGGCGUUGUCGCUGGCAGGGCAGGCGCACCUGCAGCUGCCGCCACCGCCCGAGAGCAAGGAGGCCGCUCCGGAGGGGGUCGGAGGCCACGCGAAGCUCGACCAGCCAGGUGUGGAUCGACCUCCGUUGGAGGAGCCGCCCAGGACGAAGCCGAAGCAGCGCCGCUACCGCACGCAGCGACCGUUCGCCUGCAACCACUGCGAGGCGCGCUUCACGCUCAGCACCAACAUGGACCGGCACGUGAAGAACCACCACCCGGACAAGUGGGAGCGCAAGACGCGCGGCGGCCGCCGCUCGGCGCCGGGCACGGGCGCCGCCAGCCCGCCGCCGCCGCCGGCCGACGAGCCGGACGGCCCGCUGGUCAUCGACGAGUCGGCGCCAGCGCGACGCGACGAGGACCUGGCGAGCGUGUCGCGCCUGGUGGACCUGGCCCAGGCGCAGACUUGCCAGCAGUACUUCCGCAGCGACGAGGAGAGCUCGGAUGGCUCGGAGCGCGCCGAACGCGCCUCCUGGCCGAGCGGCGACGACGAGCCUGAGCGGCGGCGCAGCGCCUACUCCAGCGCGCCCAACAAGAUUCCCUGCCGCGUCUGCAAGCGGGAGUUUCCGUGGACUAGCUCCCUGCGCCGGCACGAGCUCACCCACAGCGGCGAGAAGCCUUACCGCUGCCCGCACUGCCCCGUUCACUUCACCACCAAGUCCAACUGCGACCGUCACCUGGUGCGCAAGCACAGCGGCGGCACCGACAGCGGCGGCAGCGGCGUCAACUGCGGCGGCGGCAGCGGCGGCGGCGCGCCUCCCGCGGGCGCUGAGCGACCGUUCAAGUGCUCGCUCUGCCCCAGCGCGACGUUCUCGACGCAGGAGAACCUGGUGCGUCACCACGCGCUGAAGCACGCGCCGGGCGCGGCCGGCGCCGCCAGCCAGCAUCAGUUCUGGUGCCACAUCUGCGGGCGGCGCUUCUUCGAGCUGGAUGCGGCCAAGGACCACCUAGAGGCCGAGCACGAGCAGGCCUGGGCCGAGCUGGAGCGCUGCAACGCCCGCUGGGUCUCCCAGAUCGCCGAAGAGGACCAGGGCUUAGAUAAGAUCUUCUGCGUGGUGUGCCUGGUGGGCUUCAGCACCGCGGAAGUCCUGGGUCGGCACAUGGCGACCGAGCACCUGCCGACGGCCGACGACGCCGACGGCGGCGCGGACGGCGAGGGCAGGACGGAUCAGACGGAGCCGACCAUUGGUAGUCUGGGCAACGCUGGCCAGGAGCUGCCGAACGCUGUCGGAGGCCGGGGCAGCACCGGUCAGAAGGAGAAGUCGGCCGAAGUUGACGGUUACAUGAUCGCCGUUUCUACCCACGGUGAACAGAGCGCUCCCGAACAGAACGGCGUGACCGAUGGCAAUGACGAGAGCACCGACGACGGCCGGAGCAGCGGCGUCUAG